AUGACAUCUGUGGUACCUCAUUCGCAUAAAGUGAAAACAAAACGUGCACAAAAGACUAAACUUGCACGUCAUGAAAGGUUUACGAAACGUGACCUAUCAUAUUUUGAGGACGUUGACACUUUCUAUUUGAUGACAGAGCCUUCAUCACGGAAAUCACAAGUCAAAUCUGGGGCUAAACAAGUUCCACGAAUGCGAGUACCAAUGUUAGAUCAGUUCCAUCCGAUUUGUCAUCCAUACAUUCUUGAUGUUGUCGAUGUUGUAGCCGAUGGUCAUUGCGGUUAUCGAUGCAUUGCUGCUUUGUUGGGCCUAGGUGAAGAGGCAUGGCCAAUUAUCCGACAUGACCUCCUUGAAGAACUUACUCUAUGGCAUGAUGAAUACACAACGUUAGUGGGAAGCGACGAUCGAUAUGAAGAACUACGACAAUCCUUGAUUGUCCACGAUCAAUCACAAGUUAAUCAUAAGAAGUGGAUGACGAUACCGGACAUUGGGUAUGCCAUUGCAAAUCGAUACAAUGUCAUCUUAGUCUGUUUGUCCUAUGGUCAAAAUUUUACCAUAUUCCCACUACGCAGUUCACCGCCUACAGAUAUGAAACAACAUAAGAUGAUAUGCAUUGGAUUCAUUAAUGGAUGUCAUUUCGUACAGGUUCACUUACAAGAUGGUUGUCCAUUACCCAUGGUGGACAUAAUUUCCUCAACUCAUUGUUACCCAGAGGCGCGAGCAUGGUCUUCAUUUUAUACACAUAGGAUGCAAUCAUUUGUGGAGUUAAUGGAAAUUAGUACGACUUACACAGGUCUGGAAGACUUUUGA